AUGGCCAGAUCAUCGCACCGCGCUUUAGUUAGCCUUCUCUUCGUUACACUCACAUUAUUAUCCUCAACCUCUAGAGUCGCCACCGGUCAGGAUGCGGAGAACACAGAUGACUUACGAACACCAGGCGAUGGCGAAGUUUGGCGAAGCGGCGGCGACACGAAGCAUCGUCGCGCGUACCCGGUAAUACAGCCAGACACGAAGCACACCAAGCUCAAGGUGUCUCAGGAGGGCCUCAGCGUGAUCAGAAGCAUCAAGAAUCCCAUCGCCAUCGUUGCGGUGAUUGGGCCGUACAGAUCAGGCAAAUCUUUUCUGCUUAACCAGUUGCUUACACUCACGUGCGAUGAAGGGUUCGGGGUGGGGCAUGCACGCGACACCAAGACCAAGGGCAUAUGGGUGUGGGGCGACCCCAUGGAGAUGCAGGUGAACGGGCAGACCACAUCGGUGCUCUUUCUUGACACCGAGGGCUUUGAGAGCGUCGGCAAGUCCUCCGUCUACGAUGACAGGAUAUUUGCCCUCGCUACAGUGUUAAGCUCAGUGAAGGAGGCGGAUAUAGCCAAGCUGUCAUUCGCUGUUGAACUGGCAGAAGAGUUCUAUGGCAGGUGGGUGGAGGUGAAGGAGGCGGAUAUAGCGAAGCUGUCCAUUGCUGUUGAGCUAGCAGAAGAGUUCUAUGGCAGGUGGGUGGGAAAGCCAGGGUGGGGGAUGAGUGGGGAAAGGGUAAAGGGGGAUGGGGGAGGGGAGGGACAAGCGUGCAGGGGUCGAGACGAGGUGUUCACACCAGCCAAGCUGCUAUGGCUCAUCCAAAGAGACUUUCUAGAGGGUAAGACGGUGCAGGAGAUGGUGCGGGGGGCACUGCAGCCGGUGCCAAACCCAGAGGGAGACAAGGACGUGGAUCAAGUGAACCUCAUCCGCCAGUCGCUCAACCUCAUGGCCGCCAACAGCACUGCCUUCGGGCUGACCCAGCCGCACCUGGCAAGGACGCGGCUGUGCGAGCUGUCAGAUGACGAGCUCGACCCCAAGUACGUGCGACAGCGCAACCAGCUGCGGCAGCUGGUGGCAUCACUGGUGCAGCCCAAGAUAGUGUCAGGGAGGCCAGUUACUGGAGAGGAGUUUGCAGACCUGCUAGAGAAGACUCUGAACGCACUCAACAAAGGGCACAUCCCAACAGCCGGCUCCGUGGUCGAUGCAUUCAACCGGGCAGUGCAGGACAAGUGCCUCGCGCUCUACCACCAGGCCAUGCGCCACCUGCUCCUGCCAGCAGACGAGGUGGUGCUGGUCGCGGCUCACCGCAACGCCAGUGGCGAAGCCGUGGCGGCAUUUGAGAGGGAGAGGUUUGGAGGGAAGAGUGUGGAGGACGCAGUUCGACCUCUGAAGGAUGAGCUGAGAGAGGAGCUGGUGAAGCUGAAGCGCGAGAACGAGUUUGCAUCGGCCAAGGCAUGUGAGGGCGCGCACAGGGGGUGUGAGGAGGAGUUAGACGCUCUAGCCAACAUGCGCCUGCCAUCAGUGGCCAAGUUCGAUGCCCGCCUGGAAGCAUGCAACCACACCGUGGAGCAUGCCUGUCGCGGGCCCAGCAAGUCAGCCUACCGGGACCGGCUGAAGAAGACCUGGACUCGAGAGCGGUCCCAGUUUCUCAAGGAGUACAACCAGCGCCUCUUCAACUGGCUGGUCAUCGGCUCGCUCGUGCUCGUUGUGGUGGGGCGCUUCAUGGUCAAGUGGGUGGUCGUCGAGGUGCUCGCGUGGGCGCUCUUUGUGUUCCUCGAGACCUACACGCGCAUCUUCUGGUCCUUUGACUCGCUCUAUCUCAACCCUGCCUGGCGCACCUUUGUCAACAUCUGGGAGGCUGUUGUGUACAACCCCUUUAUCGACCUCGACCUGUGGUCCGUGCCGCUGCUGUGGGUGUUGCUCAUCCUCAUCAUCAUGUGUCGCUGCUACCGCUGUCGCAAGCGACCGCACACCCCUCUCCUCCCCACACACCACGACACGUUACACACGCGUAGAUCAGAGUAA